AUGGGAUUAGAUCCCCUCGACACCUAUAAAAGUGGUCAGAAAAGGCUAUGCUGUACUAGCGAUCAGAAAAAGUUUUCCCAUCCGAACACUACCCUCUCCUCUCCACCAACCGAAUACAGCCCGUUGGCGAUCACCAGCGGCACCAUCACCAUCAUCACUCUCACUCCCAUUCACAUGAGCACCACCACCAUCGUGCUACUAUGCGGGGCGGCUACUACGGUGGCUACGGUGGUGGUUUCAACCCGUAUUACGGUGGACUUGGAUUAUGGGGAAGAAGGUAAACUGUCGCUAUGGUCAGAAUUCUUGACGAGGCGAUCAUCACUAUGA